AGUUCAUCACAUGAAUCAUUCACAAUAAAAACGAGAGUGGAAGAUUGCGAUUUUUUUUGUUUACAUCGAAUCGGGCGCAAUAAUAACAAGAUUAACUCGAUCGAACCUCGUCAGAAGUGAACAAUUUAUACUGUUUGAUGAUAAAAUGUCACAGCCACUAGAUUGGACAAUUCCCAAAGAGGAUUUCUUCCUCGAAAUGCUGGAAGUUCUGAUCAAUUCGAUCAUCUACGUCCGAAAUGUGUAUCCCGAAUCGAUAUUCAAGCGACAGAAAAUGUACAACACAACCUGCUACAUAUGCAUCUACCCACCACUACGCGAAUACAUACAAAACGUUCUCAAAACGGCCAUCACAUUGAAGCGCCAGGACGAACUGUACAAAGUCGAUUUGGUGUUCGAGAAGGACGAAACGACACUGGAAAUGUUUUCGUUCGGAUUUGAGUCGGCACCCGGCCAGAAGCAGCUGUUCGACGACGACGAUCAGUAUUUGAUCGAAGCCGAGGUGACGAUUCGAGCGAUUCUGUUGGGUCUGGAUGAGAAAUGCAAAAAUUUGAGACGACUGCCAACGUCCGGAGUAAAUUUCAAGAUAUUGUUGCACACGACACAGGUGGCGCUGGUCAAAUUAACGUGCGAUCCGAAAGUGAAGGAAUUUCCGUGGACGCAAGGGAAAGACAUUAUGGCCGAAUCGCACACAAUUCUACCAAUGGCAAUGGUAUCGGGAUUUCAGCUGAGUGCCGAGGACUUCGUCUGAUUCGUUACGUGCACCUUCUAAGACUUCAAUAAAACGUUUCGUUCGUUCGUUUCUAUCAAA